AUGCCCCCAACUCCACCGAAACCAACACCAACCGCCCCCCUCCGGUCAAAUUCUGAAUCUCAUGUUGAACACGAUGCUGUAGAUUCUCCUCCAGGGGGGGAAGAUGAUGCAUCGGCAACAUUAUCUGAAGCUACACUGCAAUCAACUGAAGAUGAUGUAAAUAACCCUAAAGGUCCUGGGGUGAGACGAGUAAAGCCACCUAUAAACAUCCCAAUUACUCCGAAGGCACACGCCAGUAACCCUGAUGAUCCCCCAAAGCCAAAAGCGAAGGAGCCUAAACCACAUGUGAAACCACCUAUAAAUACCCCAACUUCAUCCCCAGUUGUACCACCAGCAACCACCAAUGUCCCCAAAGAUCCCGCGGACUCAAAGAGUAACAAAACACCGGUGGAAUUGCCAAAACCCGCCCCAGAUUCUGUGUCAACGAUAAGAAAUAAACCAAUUUCACCGCUGGUGGCUGAACUGAAGAACCGUGUUAAGAUCCCAGUUCGACCCCCACGUUCCCUGCCCCCGGGUAAAAAGUCCAAACCCGAAGAAGUCGAAACGAAUGAACCCCCGCCUAAAGCAGUUACGACUAACAAGCCCCUUGAUAAGGCACUCGAUGAAACAGAUGCUCCUGGAAUCGAGGCUAAACAAACCAUCACAAAUAGUUCACCAUCGGCUCCACAAACCGACGUAGAGGCGAAUCUGCAAAAUAACGAAUCAGCGGUUGCAGCUCCGAAAUUACCGCCCCGUGACGGACGGCCAAAGUUGCACGAGACGCCCAACAAUGACCAAGGUGGUUCUAUGGCGGAAGAAGUUCGCACAACUAGUCAGAACGAAGAGAACCACCACCAAACUGGCACAGAUUAUAUCCCUAACCUUCCCCCGAAAUCCCCCAAAUGGCCGCAAAAAUAUCCCAUAGAAAAUCCCAAUUACGUUAUCCCAAUACAGCCAAAUGUGUCCAGCAAUUACCCUCAAUCGCCCUCCGUGCCCCCUGCAGUACCGUCUAGUCCCCGUCCAGGGAACAAGGCUCGUACACAGUGGGGAAAGAAACGUUCUGACACAUUACCGAGAGAAUUUAAAUUCGGCCAAAACAACGAGUACGCUAUUCCACAAACAGGAAAUGAAGAUAGCGUAUAUGAAGAGCCGUUUCAAAGACCCGUAGCAAUGCCGACGGUACACGAGAAGAAUUCCCCUACGACUGCUAAGUUCCCAGGUCACGAUGAAAAUCCAUACGACUUGGUGGCUAGGAUUCCCUUAGAUCUAUCUGGCCUCAGCAUUGGCCAAGUCUCUGAUUUGCUGAAAAAUUUGAACAUGGCCGAGUAUGCAGAGACGUUUGAGAAUGAAAUGAUAGACGGGUGUUUGUUGAAGGAGAUGAAGGAGAGCCAAUUGACAGACCUUAAAAUGACCUCUUUUCAUCGCACAAAGUUGCUCAAUUUUAUCAACGGUUGGCGGCCGAAAUUAGCAGCAGACAAACGGAAAACCUAA